GACGAGAGAGAGAAGAAGGGAGGGGAGGGCUGGAUGACGGAGCGAUAGACAGGAGGAAACAGAAGAACGCCGUAUAAUAAUUUCAGAGUCAUGGCUUGUGCGAUGGAAUAGAGCUCGAGAUCAAGAAGAACGCGUACUUUAUAUACACUUCUGGAAAUGAGGUAUUAACUAGAUCCAAGAUGUGACCCCAUAUGUUUUCAAACUCCUUAGAAAAACACAAGAAUAAUAAUCAGGACAUAAAAACGAUCCCACCAUGCACCCCUCCUCUCGACCCUCUGUGCCCCCACGUUCCCGCAGGUUUUUCAAUAGGCGUACGGAGGUAAAACCAAGCCAAGGGGCUAAGAGGGAGGACAAAAACAUGAACACAGCAUCUUCAUCCCCUCGUCGUGGCACUCGGGGACCACCUGAGUCUUCCAGGUUGAAGGGCCCCAGUCAAGGUGCACGAGCACUAGUGGUUAAAUCCAAACUGGUGCGGCCACAGAAGAAUGGUGCUCACGCAAUACCAGCAAUCUCAAAACCAAAAAGUGGACACACUGUUUCAAACCUAGUCCCAGCUGUGGAUCCAAACUGUAAUGAGCCCAGCCUACCUUGUCUGUGUUGUGAUGGCCAUUCACCUCAGGAUAGCAACAGCCUUUUUAAUCACAAUCUUAACAACAAUAACACUGCAAAUAUCAGGCAACAAAUGAAGCUGACACCCCCACCACCCCCACAGAAGGAAUUGGCAGUCCCAAAAAAAGACAUCAAAGAAGAUGAGAGUAAGCCAGAAGUAAAACAACCCCAUGUCAUCCCAGUGGAGGAGAGACAGGAGGACAAUGGCAAUGUGGAUGAAAAAGAGGGUGGCCAGCUCAAAAAUGAUGACAGUAGUGUAAAUGUGAAUGCUAAUGUUGAUGAGAAUGGCAAUGGCAAUUGUAAUGGUGAAAAUGGUGAAGAUGAUGAAGAUGACAACGACGACGAAGAUGAUGAUACUCUUGUCCCUUCUUGCUGCAACUGUCCAGAAUCCAUGCUGAACUUCUCCCUUACAUCUUUUACCUCAUCUUCAUCCACAUCCAUCAGCAGCUGCUCAGAUCUGGAGUGUGACUGUCCUGAUACACUUUCAUUGUCAUCCCAGGACCAAGAGGCCACUGAAUGCCAUCCGUCAUCUCGUUCCCCGGUCUCCAGUUGUCCUGCCUUUCAGUCCAAUGCCUUACCACUAGAUCUCAACACUUCUGCAAGAUCACCUUGCCCUUCUGAUGAAGGCUAUCCCUCAGCCCCUUGCUCUCCGUCCUCUGACUACAUAGAGAGCAAGGGAUCAGAAGAAGGAAAAUGUAUUAAAGUGGAUCUCCUCCAUUUUUUAGACUCCAUAGAAGAGUUGGGAAAAAUGGAUCUGUUCUACCGCAUUGUUAGGCUGGCACACUGGGAACUGGAUGGUGAGCUGAUCAUCAGAGAUAGAUUGGAUCACCAGCAGAAGCUUCAGAGGGUUAACAAAGAGGUGAAGUUGGCUUAUCUUGUGAAACUUCAGGAGGAAGGUUUAGACUUUGAUGAUGAGGAUAUCACUGGAGUUUUGGAUGAAAUGGGCAACAUUGACAUUCCAUGCAAGUUGUAUAAAAGCAACAAAUCAAGUGAAUCCCAGGAAUUUUCUGAUGCAGGGGUAGAUAUGACAGCCCCUUCUGAUCUUGAUGAAACCCCUGCCUCGGAUUCACUUGCUCCAUCACCAUUGGAGCCUCCUCCUCUGCCCCCAAAACCUCCAACGAGGCAUGUGAGUGCCCACUCAGAAUCACACUCUUACGAGAACAUCAGCGGACAUGUUUUCUCAGUCUCAUCAACCAAUGACGCUACUAAUGUCUCUACAAGAGUUCCUACCAUGCCUGCAUUGUCAUCCUCACCCCCAGCUUUAAAACCUCCUGCCCUUCCUCCUCCUCCAUCACAGCCUGUGCCCUACUUCACCCUAAAUACAGACAGACCUGCUCUCACCUCCCCCACACCACCCAUUCCUCCUCCAAGAAGACGUCAUAAAGCCCGUCUAGAAGCUCAGAGACUUGCUGAGCUUGAAAGAGAAAAGACUCCUCUGUCCCUUCCACCGCCAGUGUCCAGACCUCCUCCAUUGCCACCUCCACCUGCGAUGUCCUCGCCUCCAGCUGUUCCAUCUCCACCAUCACUCCCGCAGCCUCCAUCUUUUCACACUCUGGAUGUGGAAAUCCGAAAGUUGCUUGCGUUAGCAGGCCUCACUCAAGCUGAAUUGCUUAAACUUAGUCCCGAGUUGGGUGUUUGUGUAGAUGUUGUCCUGGACAAUGAGCAACAGCCAAUGUCUGAUGACUCUCAGAUUGGAGAAAUCAGUGUAAACAGGACACACAAGGAAGAAGGAGUAGAUAAGGGGUUGCAUUCCAGAUUGAAAGAAGGAUCCAUAUUUGGGAAAGACAGGUCUACAGGUGCAAAUGAAUUACAUACUCUCAGUGAAAAGGAAAUUUGUAAAGAUGAACAGAAGGAAGCAAACAGGACAACAUCCUUCACAGAAAUGGCAAGACGACGUAAGAGAAAUGGUGGACACUGUAAUCAUAGCUGCAGCUGUGGUUUUGGAUCCAAUGUAAGCCUAUCUCCCAGCUCAUAUUAUAGCACUGAUCUUAGCAAUUCAAACAUCCCGAAUGUCAGCUUUGGAAGCUUUGAUUAUACUUCAAUGAUUUCUGAUACCCCUCCUCCUCCACCUCCACGACCAUUGCCCCCUUGUCCACCAAUUUCCUCCAAUCCUCCUGAACUUCCUCCUCUCAAGCCUUGCACUCUGCCUGCCAAUGCAUCUCGUCCAGAUAGGUUUGACUGGCUGAUAGCCUUCACCCCAGAUACAGAGUCGCCACCUCUUGAGAUGCGAAAAUCAUUGAACGAUGGCAUGUUGCAAAAAGGCCCAUCUUCAACUUCAGGCUCAAAAGUCACAACCUUUAAAGAAUUACGCAACAGAAGCAAACAGAGCUCCCAGCCAGCUCCUGUUCAACCAGAACCUGAUCCAACUGUUAUCACCCCAGACCCUGAUUUCCUGUACAACCUUAAAUGGAGAAGAGAGAAGAUUGAUGGGGAUGGCUGGGAAUAUACUUCCCAAGCACAAGCCUCAUUUCUUCCGCCACCACCCACUCCUGCCUCAUUGUCUCUCUUUAGGGAAAUGUGCCGCCUGAAUAUACAAGAAGAUUGCCCAGCAGAACCUAAAGUGUCCCAACAAAUUGGCUCUUCAGUAAGUGAAGGCAGCCUUAGGACUAUUUGUGAUGAAAGAGAUAAAGCUGUUCACACCAAGAAGAUGGAUGAUGAAGAAAAAGUUGAAGUUAGGGGAAUGGCAGAUGGAGCAUGGACUUUGGAAACCAGAACAUCAGUGUCCUCACCUCCCUUGUCCCUCUCCUUGACCUCGCCUUAUUACCUGCACUCUGCUCCCCUGUCCCAGUUUUACCACAUUGACAUGAACAGGGAUCGUGCCGUGAACCAUUGUGAGGGUUCUGUAAACAUCUCAAACCCGUUAUGCAUAAAUUCCGCUUUUGACUUAAGCAAAGAUGGCUAUACUGACUCCCUGUACUGUGCUGGCCCAGAAAACAAUACGUUUUUGUUCUGUAAACAAGAAAAUGAUCUCAAUGGUAACAUGGAUUCUCUGUACCACCGCUGUAAUCAUCCUGACAGCUUCCUAGACUCAUACAUCUGUGGGCAUGAUUUUGACAGCACAAAAAACAUUUUCUGUCCACAUAACAGUGGAGUCGAUUCACUCAGAAAUGAUGAUUCACUUUACAGUGAUGCCAGAUACACAAGAAGCACCCUAAAGCUGUUCACUGACCCUGAACCACCAACUGACAUUAACACUCUCACUGAGGGCGACAUAACGCCGUACAAAAACAUUGACAUGCAGACUUACAUAACUAUGCGAAACCUCAAAAAUCAGAGCUAUGCAAACAAAAACAGUUAUAAAGAUGUCGACUCGCUGUUUGAUUUGAACUCAGACAAUAUUGAAGACUCAAAACAACCAAUCAACCCGUUUUUUGACCACAACAGCAAUGAAAACACAGCACAGAACAAACAGCAGCUUGUAUCUUUCCCUGCUUACUACCUUUAUCACCCCAAAAACUGCCCCUUGCAUAAAGGCGCCCCCCCACGGCUUUCCCCCGUAGGAGCGAUCUCGCCUCCCCACAGGUCCGGGCCUCCAGUUCCAGGCACAGAUGUUGCCCGUCUCUGUUCACCCCUGUUCCCCCGCAGUCACACCCUUCCUGCUCUUGCCGCCCCCCUUUAUUACCCUUAUCUGUACACUCCCCCUGUUCAAGCCCCUCUGCGGGAGCCAUCGGUCCCCAUACUUCCUUCUCAGCAGAGUCCACCACCGCUCACUUUGACUGUUCGCAGCUUCUCAUUUGCCGGCUCUGAGCAGAAGAACGCGGCCUGGAUGGGAGAAGAUGUGAGGCCCUCACUAAGUGCUGAAGGGCUGUCUUCUGCCUGCCUGCAAGAAAAGAAAAUUCUUGUCAAUUCUGUCAGUGUGGCAGUGGAAGCCAUUUUGGCUCAGUUCAGUUCGUCCAGGACUGUUGUACAGAAGUUUCACUCAGUAGAUAAGACUCUUUCUGGAGACAGCAGUGUAAAUCCCUGUCUGGGUCGUCUGGUACUGCAGUGCCUUUGCCCAGCCCUGCGCAGCCUGCUCUCUGAUGGACUCAAGCCCCACCAGAGUGACCUCAUUGCAGGCAGAAGGCCAAAUUCACCCUGGGGAUUGGUUCAGGCCUCCACCAAACCAGGCCCGAGCACACAGGCUUUGCACAACCUUCAGACUAAAGUAGCAGGGCUUCCUCAGCUUAAGCAGAGCAGACACAAGUUCAACGCAUUCCUGUUUGGCCUUCUCAAUGUCAAGCUCCUGGAUUACUGGCUUUCACAUCUGCAGUCUUCCAGUGAUGUGUUGGAGACAUAUUACCGCCCCACUUCCUUCAUGCGUCUCUCACUAACUUCUUGCCAGCCUCUUUUUGAGGAGCUACUCCUCCUUUUGCAGCCUCUCUCUCUUCUGACCUUUAACCUCGACCUGCUGUUUCAGCAUCACCACCUUGACCCCUCCUCCCCGACUCUAACCCCAGCCAGUCACACAUCUGAGAUAUAUAGUCCACCAAAUGAAGACUUCAGCUUCCACUUGUCACCCAAGGGGCUUUUCCAAGGAAGUAGCCAUCAUCUUGGAAGCGUGUUACAGCAAGACCAGGGCAGUUUGAGUUUAGAUCUCCAAUCAGGUCUCACGAGUCACAUUCUUGAUCUGUCAGCCUAUCGGAAUCCAAUUUCGCUGUCAUCAGGCGACACCAAGGAGGAAGCCAGUCUGACAUUAUCAUGGUUUAAAGGGAGUGAGAGCUCCAUGCCUCUUAAUGCCGGAAGCCUUUCACAGCAGGCAGGCCAGGCUCUUCAGCAAGGCUGGGGUGCAGUAAUGCGUUUUGGGGAGCGUUUAGGGCAGAACUUUGGUUUGGCCACCAGCACAGAGGUUGAUAAAAGUCCAAACUCACCAGGAGACUUCAAGACUGGCUUCUCGCUGAAUCCAAAAAGUCCAGAUGAAAAGAGGCAGCAACCAAGAGACGAUCUUUCCUUGAAAGAUAAUGGAGCUGCUGUUCCCUGGGGUCUGGGACGGCUCUUUGGAGCUUCUAAGAGCCCCAACAACCCACCAGCAAGCAGGCGCCCAUCUCAGUGGCUCUCCCCAGGAGCAUCCGUCCUUUCCCGCAUAGUGAAUCUUGGCCAGGGUUCUCCGCCUGAGAAGAGAGAGCCCCAGAGAAGCAAAGAUAAGGAGGAAGAUGAGAAGGAAGAGAUUAAUGAAACCGGAGAUCAGCCAAAGCCCCUGAUGAUGGUCCGAACUCUGUGUGACCAUACAGGCGCUGGAGCAGAGCUGAGCUUCAGGAAGGGGGAGGAGCUUGUCCUGUUGGGAGGCGUGAACCACGACUGGAUUCGAUGUCGUCAAGGUCACAAAGAAGGCCUUGUUCCCAUUGGUUAUGCUUCACUUAUCAUGUGACUUAUCUUUAAUUUUGCCUGUAUGUUUGUGUGAAAGAAUAUCAGGGGAUAAUGUAUAAGGAAAAAUACCAUAUAUAGAUGUAGUUAUUAGUAGCCUUGUUAAAUGUUUAUCAGUUUAUCUCUGACCCUCGUUGCCUGGUUUGUGACGUCUGGAAUAUUUUCUGUGAUAUAUAGGAAACUGUAUAAAUCAUAAAUAUAUAUUUAGAUUUUACAAAGAUAGAUAGACAGAUAAACAAGAAAUAGAAAUGGGUAAUGAAUAAGAAUCAAGUUUAAAAAAAAAAAAAACAUCAUAGUGUAUUUAUUAUUAGGUGUUGCCAUAACAAACAGCUCACCUGGAAUCUUACUUAAAAAGCUCAGCGCAAAGUUACGUAUAUUCGUAAAACAGCAUUUCAUUAUAAUUUUAAGUCUAAUAAACCACCAGUAUGCAUAUGUGACCUAUUUUAAUCCGAAACUGUGUGUAAAGCCCCUUAAAUUUCUUACCAUAUCAUCAGCACAAAGGCAAGCACGUCUUCAUUAUUACAAAGGAAUGAGUUUUGGUUAUUUUGGGGCUGCAUUAGUACAUAAAUGACAGAUUUACUCAAGUUAACUCUUGAAUUUAUUAUACAAUUAAUAUUUUAUUUUUAUUUAACUGUUUAAUAAGAAAUGACUGGCUAAUCAGUCUAAAAACUAACUGCUUGACAAUUUAAAUAAAUAUUUUUUUCCUUAUAAUAUUAAUACUUUGUUGUCUUAAUUUGUACACCAACAGUUAAUAGAUUAACUUCUGGGGCCCUAUCAUACACCCGGAGCAAUGCGGAGCAAAUGUUUUUGCUAGUUUCAGCCCGAUGCAGUUCUCAUUUUCCCAUCCUGCGCCGCGUUGUUUAAAUGGCAAAUGCAUUCGCGCCCAUUUGUGGGCCCAUGGGCGUGCUGGUAUAAAAAAGAGGUCAGUUCAUGCGCAUUGUUGGUGCGUUGCUAUUUUAAGGAACUGAAAACAGACUGCGCCAUAGACCAACUCAAACCUGGUCUGAGGUCUGGCGCAAUAUUUUUUCUUUGUAUUUUAAAAAGCGCAUUAGUAAUAUGCGCUUAAAGGCGGGUGCACAAUGCACAUACACUUUGCUUAUUACACAUACAGGGACGAGCAGCAGCACACAAACAGCGAACCCACCAUGACACGAGCGCAACUGGUUUUAAAGGGGAUGGGAGAUGACACUCUGAUUGGUUUAUUGCACGUUACGCCCAAAAAACACCCAUUGCUCAUUAAGAGAAUAGGGACAACCCGUUUAGACCAUGUGCCCCGGGUGCCCAGAAUGUUUUCCCAUCAUUAAACUAGCAAAAGUGGAUUUGGACAUGCCCUGAGUGCACCUGCGCCGCACGCUUCAGACCAUGCACUUAGAUCAUUAAAAUUGGGCCCUUGGUAUUGCCUGAAGAUGCCCUUAUAUACACCCUUUUAUAUUAUCUCACUUACCAAGAAAAAAAUAUUCUGUUUGAAAACCGACAUUAUUAUUCUCUUAUCGUUAUUAUUGUAACUCUCAAUGGUAACAGUCAGAUGUACGUAUUAGAGUGGUAGUGUGUAGAUAGAUGAUUCUUUUCUAUUUCAUACAGUGUGAUGGCUACUGUGGUAAGAUCUGUAUCACCAUGAGCUUGAUAGUGACUAUGCAUACUCUGUACUGUACUGUUUAUGAGGCUUGUUGCUGGAGAAACCAUUAUAUGAUUGAUAGCAUUCAUGAUUUUCUUUUCAAUGGAUAUUCUGCAUCCGUAUAACGCUUUGAAUCAGGGGUUUUACAUACUAAACCUGCAUGAGUGUGUAUGAAUGUGUGUAGCAAAUGUCAAGUAUUCAUCAAUACAACUUAUUAGUGUGCACGAAUGCUUUCACUCAGACUACAAAUGCUAAAGGAAUAGCUCAGGAUUUUAGUCGUUGUAGUGGAAAGGUGAUUUUAAAUGGAGCUUGCUUAUUGUUGUUCUUUAAAUGGUCCUCUGUGUUUCCCACAUGUAUGAAUUUUUGUCACACCUCUGACUUGGCACUGCUAAUCAUAAAUAUAUUCAGACAAAAUGAGAGAAUAACCCGGUCAUGUUCGCGUGCCAGUCCGCAUGGAGCAUCACACCACAUAAUGAUAUGCCUUCUGGAUUAUUCCAACCAAUAGCAAAAAAAAGCAGUGGGCUACAGUAGCAGUAACCAAUUCACAUUGCUGUAUAUAUAAGUAAAAUUAAUGUAUGGGAUUUAUGUAUGUAUGAGUAUGUCAAGGGACAGUGAUACAGUUUUUUAGGAUAUAGUUUAGGAGACAACAAAGUCUGAGAUUUAGCUCCUUGAGAAGUUAACUUUGUAAUUGGGUUAAGCUUUAAUGUCCCUGUUUUGAAAACAAAGAAAAUAUAAUUAAACCGUAUGGUUUGAGAAGUAAGCAAGGGGUUCGGUUUAAAAAAAAGAAAAAAAAAAGAAAGAAAAUCCUAUCUAGUGUAAUAGUUACCUCACUGGGCAAACUGCAAUGAUGCAUGAUAUAUGAUUAUUAUCAUUAUUUAUUAUUUUUAGUUCUUGUAGUAGUCAUUUUCAUUUUAACUGUACAUUUAUAAUUGUGACAUUUGAAUUUCAUUAAUAUGUUUUGGAGAAAGAAACAGCUAUGGUGCAUUAUAAAUAUAGUGUGCUUAUUGUUUGUGGUUAAUAUACCAUACCAUUGAUCUGCUUUUUAUCCGUUCCUCUUGUCUAUCUCUCUAUCUAUCUCCUGUGUGUGUACCUUUGUGUGGUAAUGAGUUGCGUAGCUCUGUGUGGUAAUGCCCAUCACUGGUAGCACACUUAAAGCAUAUUAUAUACUGUACCAACUCUUGAGUUCUGUAAUUCCCUGUGAAUCAGCUCUAUGCAUGUUGGUGUUUGUAAAUAUACCCAAUAAAAUAUUAAAAGAAACGAUGUGCAAAGAG